AUGGAGACACCAAAUGUAACCAGUGAAGCCCCAGGGCCAAGCAUGGAUAACCCUGAGGCUACCUCCUUCUUGCUCGCCUUUCAGCAGUGGUUUUCCGGUGUACACGGAUAUGCCUCAAUCAUAGUGUGUGCCUUUGGUAUUUGUACAAAUGUUUUCAAUAUCACGAUCCUAACACGACGAGACAUGCGAACUGCUACAAACCUGUUCCUUUGCGGAUUGGCGUUCUCCGACAUCCUUACAAUGAUGCCCUAUAUGCCUUUUGCUAUCCACUUUUACUGUAUCCACGAUCCAGCUGAGGUGUCACCCGAGAAAUACACUGAAGGUUGGGCCACCUUUAUGUUGAUAUCUGUUAACCUAGCUGCCACUACACAUACAAUCUCAAUCUGGCUUGGAGUGUCGCUUUCUGUCUUCCGGUUUAUGCAGAUGCGGUCACCCUUGCGGGGACCCCAAGCCAAACAACGUAGUAUACAGCAAGUGAAGGCUGUAACGAUAUUGGUUUACAUUGCGUCAACUUUAGCAAUGGUACCUAACUACCUCACAAACAAGAUUGAACGUGUGGACUACGGCAAUACGAGUUUGUACGGCCUCCGAGACCUAAAACUCGCCACCAACGAAACAGAGCCUAUUGUGUUCGCCAAUGUUAUUUCUUACGCCAUUCUGGCCAAACUUGUGCCAUGCGCACUUAUGGUAAUAUUCGGUGGUUCGUUGCUUUACAGUGUUGGAAUUAAAGGCAAGAAGCGAAGGCGAAGACUUUCCUCAACAAACUCCAACUGUAAACGGGAAGUACGUCAGAGUAAAACUACCCGUAUGUUACUUGUUGUGAUGAUUCUAUUUUUGGUGACGGAAUUCCCACAAGGAAUUCUGAUUCUUGCAAGUGCUUUAGUAUCCGGCUUCUACCACAACGUAUAUAUGCCUCUUGGUGAUUUGAUGGAUUUCAUUGCACUUGUAAAUAACGCAAUCAAUUUUGUUUUGUACUGUAUCAUGAGUCAGCAGUUCCGUCAAAGAUUUAUUGAUAUGUAUCUGAAGAGGACGUCACGGAUGAAAUAUUUUGAAAAGAUAAGUUUAAACAAUCAAUCUUUCACGCGGACAAUAGUGACAGAGGCCACGUGA